GUGACACGAGCAUCGAUCUCGUGCAGAAAUACCGAUGGCUCUUGCCAGUCUGGUUCUGGACGACCGUCUCAAGGUCCCCGACUCUCUUGGUCGGUAAGGCUGUACCGCAUGGAUGAAGUUGACGAUGCGGCCCUCGCAGUUGAACACGCCCGAAGUGAAGCCAAGCCUCGAAAUGCUCCUGCGUAUGGAAUCGCGGAUGAUGUCGAACUCGUUCUCCGGCAGAGUAGUCGGUGUCAGGUUUUCAGCUUCCAUGAAAUCGCCCUCGGAUACAGCACCGGGAAGCUCUCCAGGUGGCUGUCGUUCUUUCGCUGCCUUCUCUAUUCGUUCUGGGCUCACCGGUGCCUCACCUGCUAUACCUCCCAUCCCUUACGACAACCCUGGUACCUCCUCCGCUUCCCUCUCGACUCUAUCGCCUUCUGGAUUAUGGUUAGAGCCAGUCAUACAAGCAGAAUCCACCUGUUUAGAUGUCGUGGAAAGCUGCAGAGAAGUGGUCGAUGGUAUUGCUUUGCCAGAUGGAAAGGAAGCUCCAGAUUCAGCCAAAUCCCCCACGGCCAUGUGCACGCUCAACGACAUUAGCCGAAAGAUGAUGCUUAGUGGCCAACUUGGAAACGAUGCCUCAAAAAAUCCACCUGCCUACAAUAGCCUGAACGGCGAAGAUGAUAGAUGGGAAAGUUCCCCUGAACUUCAUUUGGCAUGUUCAGAGGAGUCAAAAAAUGAAUUCGGAGACUCGGAGAAGCCCCAGCCAGAGAUGCUCAUCAAUCCACCAGAUCAACGCGUUGAUCAAUAUAUUGACAUCAAUCCACGUCAAUAUCAAUCCACGGCUGGUUAGCUGACAUAAUCUAUCAAUCCACACAAUCCUCUCGUUGAUGGAUAUUGAUUGAUGAUCGUUGACACUAGACAUGGGGCCCUUGCUAGGCUUGGCAAUAUUAG